AUGCGGUUCUAUAUAACGACCCAUUUGCCGCCCAUCCUGCUGGCUUUGAUCUGCCUGGGGACACGCCCCCCGCCCAUCGGGGCGGUAAGGGGCGGUGCACCUGUUGUGGUCGCCGAUGACGAAACCAUGGAGUACGCCCCGCAAUAUGAGCAUCCGGGCUACGCAUUCAGCUACGGGGUCAAGGAUCUGCACACCGGGGAUGUGAAAUCCCAGUGGGAGUCCCGGGAUGGCGAUGGGGUCAAGGGUCACUACAGCAUACUGGAACCAGACGGCUCCAUACGAACGGUGCACUACACAGCAGAUGCCAAGAAGGGAUUCAAUGCGAUUGUGAAGACAGUGGGGGCCAAUUCGCAUCCCAUCACAGAGAGCCCGGAGGGCAGCAACCACGUAAACGAUGACACCUCGCAGUCAAAGAUCAACCACUACAGUAAGGAUCAGGAGCACAUUGUGCUCAGUUCAGACAUCAAGCCUCUGAAGAGACCCAUCGAGGACUUGACUCACUCCCAUCCGAAGAUCCCCAGCUUGAUUGAGAUCAAGCCGCACGCCAGGAUCAAGCAGGUGCCCAUGGACAUGGAUCCGGGCAUCAGGGACCGUCUGCAGCAGGCCAGGGAUACUUACUACAAGCAAAUAGCCGCUGCCCAUAAGCUAGAGGACUACUCGCAGAAACUUCACCCCACUUACGCCGUGCAGGAGGGCGAUUGGAAGGCGGUGAUUGUGAAUGAGCCCAAGGAGUACCGACCCCAUUACAGCACAGGAUCCCCGGCGCACUCCCAUUUCUACGAGCACUACAAACCCAAGGAGAUACCCCAGAACUACAUACACAAGCCCUCGGUUCCCCAGCAAUCGCUGCACACUAGUUUCUCCCCCUCAAAGCCCAGAGUCAGCAUCCCCGAGAGCAUUUCCAACCACAUUCACCAGAAGAAGGUGGUCCACACCACUCCGGGCUUGAAGCACUACAAGUACAAGGGGGUGUCCAAGUCCUACUCCCGACCCGAUUACUCCAGCUACUUCCACCGCAAGCCCAAGAAGCUGCGGCCCCAGCAUCCCAAGCAGAAGCCACGCGUCCACAGACCCGAAAAGUCCGGGCCGGUUCUGUUUCCAAAGAGCCUAGAGGAGGAGUUUGAGGACUUCGAAGAGGACGAACAGGGGGCGGCGUCGGCCACUCUGGUCCAGAACAUGGUGCGCAAGGACAAGAAGCACAUGGUUCCCAUGUAUGCGGGCGGACACAGCUUUGAUUCCGGCAGCUAUCGCACCUUGGAUGGAGUCUAG